CAUGUCAGAACAUUCCACUGAAACCUGCAGUCUACUGGUGCCAGUUGGCCUUUGCCUUCUGACUGGCAGGACACGGGCGAGCUGUCCAGGGAGAUGGCCAUGGAGGGAGAGUUCUCCUCCCUUCGCUUUCCACAGAAACUUUGGAAAAUGCUGGAAAGCAGCAGGUUUCUGUCAAUUUGGUGGAGCGAGGGUGGAAAAUGUGUGGCCAUCAACAAAGAUCUUUUCGAAGAGGAGGUGCUGGGCAGGGCAGGGCCUCGGCGGCUUUUUGACACACAGAAAAUGAAAAGUUUCAUGAGACAGCUGAAUGCGUACGGAUUCACCAAAACAAAACGGGAUGACCAGAGAUCUGCCUCCCUGCCUGAAUUCCUGGCAGAGGAAGCAGCAGUUUCUGCUCACAGCCAGAUCCUCUACUACUAUAACCCCUGCUUCAACAGAGCACAUCCCUGGCUGUUGGAAAGGUGCAUGAGGAGAGCUGCCCUCAAACGGAGAGCCCCAGGUGCAGCAGAGUUGGGUGAAAGGCCCCUUCAGAAGCCCAGAGGGUCAGUCUGUGGAAAUAUGCAGGUGUCUCCUAAAGCCCACCCAUGCCCACUGGCAGCUGCUCCCUUGCUUCCAGAGCCUGAUGGAGCACAGUACAGAUAUAAAGUCUAAUAUAAUUAAUUAUAGAUAAAGCCUAAUAUAGUCGGUAAUAAACUGUUUGAACAAUAA